AGGGAGCUCUUGAUCUUCAAAAGGGAAUAAUUACAACAAACCACAUCGUAAAUGUGAUCGCAGCGACUUGGAUUCAAAGUGUAAAUCUUUACUAGGACUCUUAUUUACAGAUCACUGGAACAGGAGUCCUGCUGAGAGCUCUGUUAUGAAGGGAAAGUGAGAUCGCAGGGUUUUUUGAAUAAAAUAUUGAUCUUCUCUGGAUGAUUACAUGGACAGAGUUGAAUGUGGUGUAAAUCGGCGGGGUGUUGAGGUUUGAGGAGAUGUACACUGCUGUGGAUGGACACUUGAAUAAAAAAGAAACCGCACACUUGACCUGAGGCUGUUCACUCUUUCUGUUAGCACUAGCAUCACACUCGGAGGUUGAUGGCCAGGAGGAGGUUGGAGAGUCGCGGUGGGAGCGGGCUGCUGGCUGACAUCCAGACUCCACUGCUGACCGAGCCGCUCGAUUCACUUUUCACUGUCAGCGGUGAACUCGGCAGGGGCAAGUUUGCAGUGGUGAAGAAAUGUGUGGAGAAGGCGACGGGGAAAGUGUUCGCUGCGAAGUUUGUAAGGAAACGCCGGCGUGGUCGUGACUGCAGGGCCGAUGUGAUUCACGAGGUUGCUGUGCUGGAGGCAGCCCGGAGCAACCUACGCAUUAUUAACCUACACGCGGCCUAUGAGAACGAACACGACAUCAUCCUGCUGCUUGAAUAUGCUGCUGGUGGGGAGAUAUUUGACCACUGCGUGUCUGACGAGCUGCUAUCCGAGUGGGACAUCAUUCGUUUGAUUCGUCAGAUACUUGAAGGAAUCAAUCUGCUUCAUCAAAGCAACGUUGUCCAUCUUGAUCUAAAGCCUCAGAACAUCCUGCUGACCAGUUUAAGUCCUCUGGGGGACAUUAAGAUUGUGGACUUCGGGCUGGCACGUCGGCUCGGCUCUGCUGGAGAGCUGAGGGAGAUCUUGGGUACACCUGAGUAUGUAGCUCCUGAGAUUCUGAAUUAUGAGCCGAUCACCACAGCUACAGAUCUCUGGAGUGUCGGUGUGAUCACUUACAUGCUGAUAACAGGAGAGUCUCCGUUCGCUGGCGAGGACAAGCAGCAGACCUUCCUUAACGUCUCGCAGGUGAACGUGGACUAUAGUAAGGAAGCCUUCUCGCGAGUGUCCGAGCUGUCUGUGCAUUUCAUCAGAAAACUGCUGGUUAAAGCACCAGAAGAUCGACCGAGCGCAGCUGACUGCCUGAGUCACCCAUGGCUGUGGCAGCAGUGCCCAGGUCCUGAACUUUCUCCUCCACCUUCCACCCCACGUGGCUUCCGAGAGAGGAGCGGCGGUGCCAAGUGGGCCUCUGCUCCCGAGGACCCCGAAGACAAAGAGAACAUUCUGGAUUCACCACAGUUUAAGAGGUUCCGGUUUGGGGAGGACACCCAGGCGACGAGGGAGAGCAGCAGCUAAAGGUCUUGAGCACGAAACACACAUUCUUUAAUCAGAUCCUGGUCUUGUCGAUUAGCUUCUGUGUUAGCACCAGCAUAGCAUUUUUUCAUCCUGUUAUUAUUAUUAUUACUUGUUCAUUUUUUGGGCCACACCAAAGACGAUCUGUGUAUGAUCUAGCACAUUCCUGUUGCACAAUAAUACAUGUAACUAAUUCAC